GGAGACAAGCGGCUCUGCGGUACCCGGAGAGCAGAGCGGAGGUGGAGGUGGAGGUGCAGCGGGAGGAGGAGGGGGCUUCACGGGGAAACAUAAACAGCCGAGGAGCCUCUGAGCCACACGAACAUGGCGGCUCCGGCCCUGGACGCUGCUGCUGCCGCCGCUGCCACCGCCGCUCCGUCCCGCUGACCGCCACCUCCUCACCGACCACAUCCCGCACAGCAUGGCCGCUCAACUCCCUGAGCAGACUGAAUGAUGUCCCAAGAUAACUCUUUGUGGAUGUUGUUGUGAAGUUUCGCAUAUGAGGUGCUGAUAUUUGCUGAAGAUGAGUAGUGGGGGGGCAGACACCCCGGAGCCUCCCAGAGGGGGCGAGUCUCUGAAGAGGAAGGACUGUCAGUCAGACCUCCUGGGACCCAGCCUGAAGAGGAGCACUGAGAGGAGAAACCGGGAGCAGGAGAACAAAUACAUCGAGGAGCUGGCAGAGCUGAUCUUUGCCAACAUCAACGACAUGGACGACCUCAACGUCAAGCCAGACAAAUGUGCCAUCCUCAAAGAGACGGUGAAGCAGAUCAGGCAGAUCAAGGAGCAGGAAAAGGCUCCGGUGGCUGAUGCUGAGGAGGUGCAGAAGGCUGACGUCUCGUCCACAGGGCAGGGCGUCAUCGAUAAAGACGCUCUCGGGCCCAUGAUGCUGGAGGCCCUGGACGGCUUCUUCUUUGUCGUCAACAUGGAGGGCAACAUCGUGUUUGUGUCGGAGAACGUCAGCCAGUAUUUGCGCUACCAGCAAGAGGAGCUUAUGAACACCAGCGUCUACAGCGUGCUGCACGUCGGCGAUCACGCCGAGUUCAUCAAGAACCUGCUGCCCAAAAGCCUGGGUGAGAAGCACAGAAAGUUGACUGGAAAGCUGGAGAGUGGGCUGAAGGAGGAGCCAGUGCAAACGGAUGACUGCCAGAUUGGAGUGAAUCAUCGCAGCAGCGAUUCAUCCAACAGGAACAGCCACACGUUCAACUGUCGUAUGUUGGUCAACCCUCAUGUCGAUGGUGAAGCCCGGCUGGCCUCUGACCAGCAGGAUACAGCACAACAGAAGUACGAGACCAUGCAAUGUUUUGCUGUCUCUGAACCCAAGUCUAUCAAGGAAGAGGGGGAAGAUUUUCAGUCCUGUCUCAUCUGUGUGGCAAGAAGAGUCCCUGUUAAAGAGAGGCCCGUCAUGCCUUCAUUGGAGAGCUUCACCACACGACAAGACCUUCAGGGUAAGAUCACAUCACUGGAUACUAGUCAGCUGCGGGCGUCUAUGAAGCCAGGCUGGGAGGACCUGGUUCGACGCUGCAUCCAGAAAUUUCACCUGCAGAGCGACGGGGAAAUGUCGUUCGCCAAGAAACACCAGCAAGAUGUACUGAGGAACGGCCAUGCGCUCAGCCCUCUUUACCGAUUCUCCCUGGCAGACGGCACCAUCGUCUCAGCUCACACUAAGAGCAAGCUGGUCCGAUCACCAGCCACCAAUGAACCGCAGCUCUACAUGUCCAUGCACAUUCUCCAGAGGGAAAACUUAGGGGGCAUGACUGCAGAGAUACCUGGCAGCCAGGGCAUGGCUAAACCAAUGACCCCAACCAGCAUGAGCGGACCCUCCCCUUCCCCCGAUGCCAGUGUCACCAGCAACACCCUCCACUCCACAACAGCCUCCAGCACCCCUGGACGUGGUUUUGGGGCUGCGUGUGGACGGGCGCCCACGCCUCAGGGAAGCUGCCAUGCACUCAAACUGGGCAGCCCUUCAGCCCAGGGAAGCCCCAGCGUCACCUCAGGGGCCCAGGGUGCCAUGUUGUCUCCUCGCCACCGUCAGAGCCCCAGCAUGGCAGCUGGCAGCAGCGGCUGUUGUAGCCCCCACCUUCCCCAGCAUCCCCCUGGGCCUUUCUCUCCAGCAGCCAGCCUCCACUCGCCAGCAUCUGUAUGCAGCAGCACAGGAAACGGCCUUGGGUUCAACUCCCUCAGUGCUCUGCAGGCUCUCAGCCAGGGCCACAGGAUUUCCCAGGGACUCACCGAGGGACAGCAUCCAGAGUCGCCUGACAGAAAACCAGUAGCUCUUCAGAGCCCCCGUCAGAACACCAACACUGGUAGCCAACUUGCUAAGAACAAUCCCAGCUUAGAUGCUGAUUUAUUUGGAGCUUUUGAGGAGCAGCAAGACUUGUUGUCGUCCCAGAACCAGGAGGAUGAGCAGGGGGACGACAAAGAUGGUGACCAUGACAGCUUUGGAGGUAAUGGAAGCCUGGGUGACCUUGGCGAUGCCUCGAACCGCCUUCUGAACACCAAAGGUCACACUAAGCUGCUCCAGCUCCUCACUACCAAGCUAGAACCAUCCGAUCCCUGCUCACCGCCGGGGCCUCUGGGGGACGACCAGAACUGUAAGGACCAGCUGGGUGGGGUCGGUGGUGUUGGUGGGGCAGGACAUAACAACCACUCCACCUCACUAAAAGAGAAACACAAAAUUCUCCACAGGUUGCUGCAGAACAGCACCUCACCUGUGGAGUUGGCCAAGUUAACGGCUGAGGCCACCGGAAAAGACCCCAUCGGUCCAGAGUCGGCCUCGGGGGACAGCAUGGCCGCUCUGGGUGAACUCUGCUCUAAACAGGAGCCAGGGAGCCCGAAAAAGAAGGACAAUGCUUUACUUCGCUAUCUUCUGGACCGGGAUGAUAAUGGCAUCCUGGAUAAAGCCAUCAAGAUGGAACCUAGUGAUGGACUGAAGCUGUCCAACGUGAAGACAGAAAAACAGGAAGCUGGCUUUAAUAUGGCUGAUCAGACCAGUGAGCUGGAGGAGCUGCUGGAGGACCUGCAAAGUGGUGCUCAGCAGCAGCAGCUGUUCCCCAGUCAGCCACCAGCCAGAGGUGUGGCCUCCUCUUCAUCCUCCUCUUCCUCUGUGGCCCCUGGCUCGUCUGUGGACAAACAGACCAUCAUCAGUGACAUCCUGCAGAUGACGGACAGCAGCAGCAGCAGCUCCCCCAACCAGCACAGAACCUUCCCUCCCAUCAGCCCUGCAGCUGGCUUUAAUGGUUCCCGGCCAGGCCAAUCAACUCAAGGUGCUCCUCCAAUCAGGAGCAUGUCUCUGGACAACGGUAUGGGCCCCAACCCCAACACAGCCAGGCCUUUCCCGCCUCAGCACAGAAACAACAGCCCAUACUCCUUACUGCAGCAGCAAAGCAUGAUGGGAACCCAUGCCAGCAUGGCCAACCAGGCUGCGAUGUCCACCACAGGCAUGCGGUCCUCCAUGCAGCAAGGCUGGGGUCCCCAGGGGCCCAUGGGGGGCACAGCGGGGCCGAUGAUGGCCCAGGGAGUCGGACCUGGUCGCAUGGUCCCAAGCAUGAACGCUGCGCUGCCAACAAGAAGUCCAUCUGGAUCCAGAGCCAUGGUCAACAUGCAGAUGAUGGGCAAUGUUCCGCCCAAUCAGACUGCUCCGUGGCCAGACCGCAUGAUGAUGGAUCAUUAUGGAAACCAAAGCAGGCCACCGUACGGCGUCCCCCAGGAGGAUGGGAUGGGCUGUUGUACAGGACCAGAGGGCCAGCCAGAUGAAGGGGCUCUGCUGAACCAGUUGUGCUCAGUGUUGAAGGACUAUGAAGGUCUGGAAGAAAUUGACAAGAUGUUGGGAAUCCCUACGCUGGCAGGACAGGGUCCUCUGUCAGACCAGGACCAGUUCUUGGGCUCCUCGGACCCGGCGGCCGGCAUGAAGCCUCCCCUCUACGGUCAACACUACGGCGGCCAGCCGGGUUACGGCGGCAUGCCUCCGGAUGGCGGCUACCACGGUCCCACCAUGGGCGCUCAUAUGGGGCCUCAGAGAAUGGCUCCUGCCGGCUACCCUCCAAUGAUGAGGAUGGCUGGUGGCGCCGGGCCCAGACCAGCUAGCAUGAGGCCGGGGGGACCCAGUCCGAUUGUCCCCUCGCAGCCCAACAACCUGAGGCUCCAGCUGCAGCACAGACUCCAGAACCAGCUGAACCGUCAGCCAGUGGUGAACCAGAUAGGCGGAGUGUCCAAUAUGAAUCUACCUCUAAGGUCUAAUGUACCAAACCAGGGAACCUUCAACGCCCAGAUGCUGGCGCAGCGUCAGCGCGAGUACCUCAGCAACCACCUCCGUCAGCGCCAGCAGCAGCAACACGUGCAUCAGCAGCGCGCCAUGAUGAUGCGCACUCAGGGCAUCAACAUGCCGCCCAACAUGCCCAGCGGGGGUGCCGCUCCCACGCCGAUGCCCAUGGGCGGCACCAACCCACGGCUCCCACAGGGCAACCCACAGCAGUUCCCUUACCCGGCCACCAACUACGGUACAGGCCUGCCCUCUCCUCCACCUCCUCCUCCUCAUCCCGGCUCCUCCAGUCCCUUCUCCUCCCCUCUCUCCCCCAGCCAUCAUCUGGCUAGCCAGGGCAUGAUGGGAAGUGUAGGCGGGCAGUACGGCGGCGUAAUGAGUCCGCCGUCACAGCACAGUGCCUUCCAGUUCAGCAGUUCAGGAAUGAGCCAGCAGCAGCAACACCAGGAUCCGGUUUCAUGUUUCCCGUGUGGGGCCGCCACCCCGCAGAGCCCCCUGCUGUCCCCCAGGAUGGGGCAAGGUCAGAGCCCCAUGCUGCAGCAGAACCAGGCCCAACCCCAGGGUCCGAACCAGGGAGGACCCCCCGGCUACCAGCCCGCUGCCGACCUCAAUGGAUGGCCUCAGUCUGCCAACAUUUCCACCAGCAACAGUGUGUACCCCCAGCAGUCCCAGUCUCAAUACUCCACGCAGCCCAGCGGAGGAAUGUACGGCAGCAGCAACAGCAUGAACCUGGGAGUCGCCUUGGCUAGCAACGGAGGCAACAUGAACCCCAUGUCAGGACAGAUGAGCUCCAUGAAUACAGAGCAGGUGACCGACAGCGGCCUGAUCCUGGAGCAGCUCACAGGAAUUGACAUGUUGACACAAGAUGGAGAAGCAGGUUCUAACUUCUGCUGACCCCUGCUGUGGCUGAGACAAGGUAAUGCAGGAACUCGUUCAAAAACACUGACACCUGAAGUAUGAAGGAGUUGACGGAAACACUGCCCCUCUAUCACACCAGCCAACUCAGAGGCACUACAGACAGCCGGAGGACAUCGGAGACACGUCAAAGCUUCAGAGCUGCAUUCAGAGCAGCUUCACACUUUAUGCAAACAGUCAGAAAUUACAGGGAAACUGCCGUCUGAACCAUCCUGACAGCAAACGCACAAUGGGAGGAUAAUCACACACACAAAAGAGAAAUACUGUGCCACUGCUGAUUCAGGGACACAUUUUAGUUUUUCACUGUAGCCCAUGCUUUUUCUCUGUGUUAAUUACUCAAUAUGUGUUAUAUUUAUCUGUUUAUCCUACAUGGGAUUAGAACAGCAAUCAAGUUAAGGCUGCUCAAACAAAUUGAUUCAUAUUCAGUGAGUAAAAGAGUGCUAAAAUGUGUUCUGUGUAGCAUUUGAAACAUAGAUAUCACAUUAACCUAGUAAAGCCUGGUUUCCCCUGAAAGUAAAAUCACUUUCAGAAUGUAUUUUAAGAUAAAUUCAGCCUAAUUUAUCUGAAAAUGUUCGGAUAUACCCAAAAAUUAAGAAUUAAAUUGUGUGUUUAAACAGUCACUCCUUUCAAAAUAUUAGUUUCUAAUCAUCAGUAGCAUUAACAAGGUAUAAAUCUGAGACAUUAGUAUAAUUAACCAUUGAGUAGAAGUAAAAAAUAAAGGUCUUUGUAUCUCUAUGUGGAGCUUUUGUCUCCCCCUUCUGGCUGUGAGAGUAAUUACAGCAUCUUUGCAGUUUUUCAGCUCUGGUCAACCAAUCAUAGUUGGUUGAUGUAAAACUGCAAUGUAGCCACAGAAAUCACAUUUAAAAAUACUAAAAUACUGAGUUUUACUUUUUAUUGUCACUGUAUGGUCCCAUUCAGCAACAACAUGAACAUGACAGAUGUUUAUUUACAUGUAAAUAUUACAAUAAUUUCAAGAAAACACACACUUUUUUAAAGUUACGUUGCUGACAUGUAUUUGUAAAAUCAGAGAUUGUAAAAGAGGAAGCAUAAAUCAAGUCAGGCAGCUCCUCUUUUUUCAAAAUGCUACAUACAGCACCUUUUUAGUAGUUUUCUGUCACUUGAAAGUCGCUGCAGUAAAACCUGCAACGUCUUUGUCAGUCCCAGGUUGUUUUCCAUGAACUCACACAGUGUUUGCUGGUCGAAUGUCUCCGGUCACAUGAAUGUAUCAUGAAGUUUGAAACCUCAAGCUAAGAUCCUCUGAACCCUCUGAGGCUGUGUAUUUACGAUAGAGAAACUUUAUUUUGUGAAACUGAACUAAACAGUUUGACAGGAGAACGGUUGACAAGCAUAAAUGAAACUUCUGGAUUUUAUCUUUUACGGUUCCGCUCUGGAGCCCGACUGAAGAUGACAAUGAGAAAGUUUAUGGAGAAAAUAUUUACAGUUUAUUUAUAGUUUUGAAAAAGUUUUAGAGAUUAUUUGAAUGACACAUUUUAAAAAAAUCAAUGAUAUAUAUCUUUAAGGAAAUCUCUGAAAAUGAUACAUGUUGAUGUCGAUUUUAAAAUUAAUAUAUUUCAACUGCUGUAGUUACGGGGGCCCUGCGCCCCUCUUUAAUGACUUUUGAAUGAAGGUGAAUGUGUAUAGAUAGUGUACAUAGAGUUUUAAUGUCCUUUUCCCCUAAGUGGUAUUGUAAAGCAGUAGCUUGGAGUUUAGUUCCAUAAACAUUUGUCAAGGAGCAGAAAUAUAUCAUUGGUUAAACUUAGCAGUGGUUGGUCAGCUAAUUAUUCAGUUAAUUGGUUCAAAUGAAAGGCUUAAAAUGUAAACUAAAAGUUUAACUGUCCUAAACUAAUUUGUGCAAUGUUCUAGCUAGUCAGGAGGCCAGCUAACUGACUUUCUUAGCUGCAAAUCAAGAAAUUUUUGUCAUUUUCCUCCACGUAUUGUAAAUCGAAAGUUCAGCUGAGGUAACUAGCUAGCCUAGCUAACUUAGCAUCAGUUUUCUGGUGAAACAGAAAUAAUGAUUAGGCUGUUUUCCACUGCAGGAACCACCUGAAGCGGUAAAAUAACCUAAAUACCUAAUUUAGUUUAGGUACUUUUGACCAACCCUGGCAGACUCGAUAAUAACUCAUUAAAGACCUCAGUUAAGUAGCAGUUUCCUCGAUAAUGUCACCAUCAACAUGCUCAAAGAACUAGAGUUACGUCCAACAAACAAUAUUAGUUUUAGUUUUAGUUUUUUUUCUGAGCGGACCACAAAACAGAGCUUCACAGUGAAUGUCCUGCAGUGGAAAUGCUGCGUGUUCUAAUCCUUUUAUUAACCUUUAGCACUUUAUAGCCUUCCUGAUGUCCUCCCUUAGCCAGGAAUAAAAUAUCUAUAGCCAUGAAAUUUGGUACAAACAAAAUGAAUGACUUAGUUUUGGAUGUCCUGUUUGGUGCUUACUAGCGAAGGUUAGCCUGUUAAUAUGCUAAGCUAGGUGAGCCAGUUUUUAUUUCAUUUCAAUAAGUCAACUUGGAGUGCUUUACAUGAAACAUUAAAAGCAUCAAGACAAACCGUAUAAAGAUAUUUCAACACAAUUAAGAAUUAAACAGAAUUUAAAAAGUAGAAAUUACAGUGCAAUUUAAGAAAUUCAGAGGCUAACAGGUUCGCUUUAAAGAAAGACCGAAGCAAACCGAAAAGUCUUGAGCUUUGACUUGAAAACAUUAGCACUGUUCGCACGUCUGUUUUGCUUAUUAGCAAAUGUUAGCAUGACAGCACCCUACACUUGACUAUCAGCAUGUUAGCAUUAGCGUGAGCAGCGUCUUCGGUUUUGUUCGACUGACUUUCAGGCCAAAUUUGUCAGGAACUUUUUUUCCCGCUGAGAUUCAGCCAAAUGAGAUUAUUUCUGCCUCCAAAGCAGCUUUGCCUCUGAAAACAAAAACUUUUGCUGAACUAAUAAAACUCCAACGCUACUGCCGCUUCCAGGUUGCGAUGUGCCGGCCUGCGGGACUUUGUUGUGUUGGUCUUUGAUGGUGAUUGAGUGGAAAUUUCUCCAGUAAACAUACUAGUCAUGCUAAAUGAAAGGAGGCGACUCUUUACGAUCCAGACUUCUAUGGAUUUUCACACUGGAGCAUUCAGGAAUAGUUUCGCAUGAAUCGGUCUGAAAGGUGCUGUUCUGUAGGUGAUUUCUUGUAGCUUGUAAUUGUGAACAAAACUGAGUGUAUGCCUUGAAUAUCCAUUCAUUUUAAAUCUGUUAAGCACACACCGUAAAGACGAAGAAGAAAACAAAACGUUUCCUUCGUAUCUUUGUAGCUUUGACUGCAGUAAAUCGUCCUCUGGUUCGCUAGCUUGUUGUUAAAUCCCAAAGAUGUUAAACUCUAAGAUGAAGCCGUGGAGACUUUCUGAAAGGCAGACAUUAUGGCUCGUCGAAUGAUUUCUCUUGAUUUUGACACACGCUGAAGAUUUUUUCUCUUGAUUUGUAGAUGUAUAUUUUACCAACUGCAAGAAUACUGUAAUUCCUGUAAGUACCUUAAGACGCUGAAGACGUUAGCAUAAUGCCUUAGCUCUGUGAUUCUCUGUCUGGUUUAUUAACUGUGAGGUUUACAGGUGUUUUUAUUUCUGUCAUACACUGCUGACGCUUGAAGAAUUAAACAAUUUUUUAGAUUUUUCUCCCGAGAAGCGGUGAAUGGCGUGUCUGCUCCAGGAAAUUACACUUUUGCUGUUUAAAAUAGGCGAUUAUUUACUUUGUAGUUACACUGUUUUGCUGUUUUUUUGAGAUUCUCCCUGAUUAGCAGUGUGUUUUUGGUUUUCAAAAGGGGCAUUAAAUGUUUUUUUUAAUUACUUUUUUAGCACAUCCUUUAGAGCACGAAUGUAGGACCAUGUUGCUACUGAAGAGAGGCAUCAUUACGCUCGUAAAAUUCAAUAUUGAAAAUGCAAAACCACUGGGAAAAUCACCACAAUAAGGAGCUGUACAUUGUUUACAUGAUUUUUAAUGCUCGUGUUUAGUCUCUUCCUGUAUCAACACCACGUAUUUUCCUUGCUGGCUUACUUUUCGAAUCAAAAAGAAGGAUUCUUAACUUUUCCUUGCCAAACGUCUUAAACGUUAGACAUUGUUUAAAUGCAGAUGUGAGAUGAAUUGGUGUAAAAUCUGAAAAAAUCUGAUAUGAUUUGGGACAUAUCAGGUUAAAUAUCUCACAGAGCUAUGGAAAUAUUUAUGGAAAUAUUAAAAAAAUACAACUUUACACAUGUCCCACAUCCAAAAUGCCAUCUAAUUUCUUUUUUUUGUUCACCAAAUGAAGAUAAAAGGACAAUGUUGCUCUUAUUUUUACAUCAGAUCAUCUCAUUUUUCUGAUUUAAAGCCAGUUUGGUCAGAUUUAUUCGAUCUCCACAGAAAUCUGCACAACAACGAUGCCAGCUUUUAGGAUUAAGUGUCCCUGGGUGAUGAUAAAUGUUCAGAUUCUAAAAUCAGAAAUGUUAAAUCCUCCUUGAUCUGCAUGAAACGGCAACACUGGGAGAAAGAAACUUUAUCCAGAGUCGUCAACUUGUACAUUUUUCUUCAUAAAUACACCUUUAGCCCCUUUUAGAAACAUUUCACUGGAGGGAGGCCGCUGUAAAUAAAACUCUGGAGGCUCUUUUCCACUUCUGAAAUGCGUCUGACCUCCUGAAACGGCGAGCGCUUGACGGUACACUAGUAAACCAGAGCAAUACUGGAGCGUCGGCGUUCGCAGACUUGCAGUUUAUGAAGACAUUUUUGUUCCUUUUCUUUUGUUUGAAGUAUCCUCUCUGCUGUGAUGUUCAUAUUAAACGUCUCGGCGGCGACACAGUCCAGCACGUUCAGUUUCUUCAGAGUGUGAGUGUUUCAUUAUGCAGAAGUCCGGGCGUUCACACCCUUUAUGCAAGCUGUCGACUCUAACGUUGCUUUUGCCAAUGCUGCUUGUUAAUUUAUGAUUCAUGCCACUGUAAAUAAAUUAUUUUUAUUGAGA